UAUAUAUAUAUAUAUAUAUAUAAAUAAAUAAUUCAUUGUAUGAAUUAAUUAUUAUUAAUCAUAUUGUUAAAUUAUGUUGAAUAGUACAAUGAAUUCAAAUUUAACAGAUUCGAACGAAGAAUCUAAUUGUCACAAUAAUCAUAAUGAUAAUAAUAAUAAUUGUUAUCCUCAUUCACCAUUAUUACCACCCUCAAUACCCUUAUCAACAUCUUCAUCAUUAUCAUCAAUAAUAAGUCAACAACAAAAAAAUAAUAAAUAUAAAUUAAAAAUGAAAUUAUGGAUUAAACAAUUUAAACAUUAUUUACGUUGUAUGGAUUAUAAACGAUAUAAUGAUAUACGUUUACGUAAAUAUUUACAUACAUUAAUUAUAAUGAAUCAUCAUGUUACAUCAACAUCAUCAGGAACAGGUACAUCGUCGACAUUGACUCCGCCAACAUCAAUAUCAACAUCCUCAACUUAUUAUACUUUAUUAAAAUUAAAGAAAUUUUCUAAUAUGAAAAUAUAUUUUACAAAAUAUAAUAAUCAUAAUUAUAAUCAUCAUAAUUUAGGAAUAAGAUCUAAAUUGAAAAUAGAUCCAGAUCAUAAAUCUUAUUAUUGUUAUGAUAAUAGAAAAAAUAAUCUAAAACAAAUUGAUGAUCUAGAAUUGUGUAGAACAAUAAAUAUGAAAGAGAAUUUUGAUGAAACAAUAAAAAAAUCAAUGAAUCCAUUCAGAAAUACAACUAAUUGGACAAAUUUAAAAUGUACCCAACAAACAUUAAAACAAAAUAAAUUAAAUUAUUUGAAUCAUAAUGAAGAUAAUAAUUCAAAUAAUCAAAUAGAACUAAAUUCAUAUGAUAAUGAUAAUCAUAGAAAUACAAUAAGUCCAAUUGAAUUAGUUUAUGAUCCUAUGAAAUCUUUAAUCAAUGGUACAUUAUCACAUGAUAGUGGAAUAGGGAAUUCAGGACAUAUUGAACAAUUGAAUAAAGAUACAACAACAACAACAACAACUACUACUACUACUACUACUAACACUACUGAAAUAAUACAUUCAAGUAGUAUAAAUAGCAGUGAUCAUAUUAAUCAUAAAGAUGAUUAUGUAUUAGAUUUAAGUGUAAACAAAUUAUUUACUAAAGAUAUUUUAACAUCAUAUAAAGAUAAUUCUAAUCAAGAACACUUCCUAUUUAAUAAUGGAAAACAACAACAAACUAUUGAAGAAUGUCAAUUAUAUGAAUCAUAUAUAAAAGGUAUAACAAUGAAUCCAUUCAUGCAAUUUCUACCAUAUUCAUCUUCAUCAGAAUAUCAUAAUUUAACAUUAAAAACAACACCAACAAUAACAUCACCCACUAUUCCAAUUCUACCAUCUACAUCGUGUAAUGUAAUGAAUAGUUACGACGGAAAGCUAACAAAAUCUGUUAAUAAUAGUAAUUUCUGUCCAUAUUCUUUAUAUGGAACAUCAUAUCAACCAUUCGAAUUAACAAAGAAUUCAUCAUCAUCAUCAUCCUCAUCUUCAUCGGUAGAUUUAUUCACUGCAGCAGCAGCAGCUUAUGCAGCGGCAGCGGCGGCCGCGGCUGCUGCUUCUUUAGUCCAACCAACAAUAUCAUCAAGCAUUACCACUAUUCCAACAACAACAACAACAACAUCAACCACAACAAUGAUCAAUUCAUCAAUGAUAUCAACUAAUGAUUAUGAUCAUCAUGCAUUAAUGUUAACAACAAUGAUGAAAGAAAGAUCAUCAAUAUAUUCAAAUACAUUAGAACAAAUGAACCAUAGAUUAUUAUCAUUACCAAUUAAUAGUAAUAAUGGUACAUCAAUCAUACCACAAACAUUAUUAACAUUAUUUACGAAUUCAAAUUAUAAUUGGCCGCCAAAAUCAUCAACACCUGUAUCGAAUAAUUUAAACAAUAAUGAAUUUAUGUCUAAACAUCGUAUACAAUAUCAACAACUUCCUGGAUCUUUUAUAAAUCAACAUUAUUCAGAGAAUCAACCAAUGAUGCAUAUUGAUGAAGAAUAUUUAAUGAAUGACGAAAGUUCAAAUGAAUUAAAUCAAUUAAAAACAUCACCUAGAAUGGAUUAUGGAAAUGAUGUACAAAAAUUGAAUUUUCAUAAUGAUAAUAAUGAAGAUAAUAAUGAUGAUGAUAAUGGUGAAGAUGAUGAUGAUGAUGAUGAUGAUUAUGAUGAAGAUUGUUUAACCAUACAAAGACAACAACAAAUACCAUCAACAAUGAUAACGUCUACAACAAUAACAACAACAACUACUAGUACUACACGAACAUCAACUACAGCAUCAUCAUCAUCACGUCCAUCUGAAGAUUAUUUAGAACAAUUUAUGAAAAUUGAUCAAUCACAAAAUAUAUUAUGGCGUCAAUUAGCUGAUCGAUUUCAACGUACACUUGGUCCAAAUCAAUGUGGCGUUUGUAAUAAAGUACUUAGUUGUCGUAGUGCAUUAACAAUGCAUUAUCGUGUACAUACAGAAGAACGUCCAUUUGUAUGUAUUAUAUGUGAUAAACGAUUUUCAACUAAGGGUAAUUUAAAAACACAUUUAGGACAACAUCAUGAAACAAUCGAAGCAUAUCGUACAGCUGUUGCUAUAGCAAUGGCAACUGGAACUGCAUUACCUCGACCUCCACCAAUGUCAUCUACUACUGUUACAGUUCCGCUUUCAAAUUCUGUUUCAAUACCUCAAAUGAUUACUUCAAUAUCUUUAUCAAAUCAUAUAUCAGCUAUAUCGUCCUCUUCUAACUUAUCUCCUUCAUCCACAAUCUCAACUUCUUCAUCUUCAUUUAAUAAACUAUCAAAAAAAUCACCAAUUAGCCCGUCAACAUCUCAACCAAUUUAUGUAGAUAAUUCGAAAUUGAAUACUACUACUACUACUAGUAAUAAUAAUAAUGAAUUACAGGUCAGUUCAAAUACAUUCUCAUUACCAUGGUUACCUACAAGUCAACAAUCAUUAGCUCUGUUGAAUUCAAAUUGUUCAAUAGGAAAUUUUCAGAAACGAAUUGAUUCAAAUUAUUCAUAUGAUUUAAUGUUAUUUGAUAAAGGUAAAGAGAAUUAUCGAAUGAAUACUACUACUAAUAAUACUACUGAUAAUAAUCAUAGUAACUUAUCAAUCACCAAUACAAAUCAAUUAUUACAACAUUAUAAUACAUAUAAUUAUUCAUCUAAUCGUAAUCAGUUUGAAUCUAUGAAAUUAACAACAAAUUAUACUGAAUUAUCGAAAUGUAUUGAUUCUAGUAAUAAUAACGAUCCAAUCAAUAUGAAUCACGAUGAUGAUGAUGAUGAGAAUGAUGACGAGAAUGAAGUUAAUGUUACUGUUGGAAUUGGUUCUGGUACUUAUGAAUCUGUGAUCAUUGUUGAUGACAAUGAGAAACAAUAUCAUCGAAAUAAUGAACAUUUAUCAAAAAAUCAACAAUCAACAACUCCAUCACCAUCAUCAUCAUCAUCAUUAUCAUCGUCAUCAUCAUCCUCAUCAUCACCAUCAUUAUUUCCUUCAUCCAUUAUUUCUACUACUACUACAACUACGACUACUACUAGUACUAGUACUAGUACUAGUAGUAGUAGUAGCAGUAGUAAUAGUAUAACAAAUGAAACAUUAAUUAAUAAAAAAGAUUACUAUCUUGAUUAUACAACAAAUAAAUUUUUAUCAGUUGCUAACUGUUUGUAAAAAAAAGAAAAGAAAAGAAAAAAAUUUAACAAACAGAGAACAUUUCCUUGCCUAAUUUUUUCAUGUUUUUGUUUUCUUUACUAACACUAUUCUAUUCUGUUCGAUUCUUGUUUUCUUAUUUAUUUACUUGCCUGAAUUAAUAGUUUCUUCUUAAUUGUUCAAAUAUAUAUAAUAAUAUAUUUCAUUAAAUAUGGUCACCAUCCUUCCCCCUUUCUGUGAGGAGGGGGUGAGGUGAAGGAGGUAGAACUGUAAACAUUUCAUUUUGAUAUUGUCACCAUCCCCCCUUUCGAUAGGAGUGGGGUGAAGGAAUGUGGUAAAACUGUAAACAUUUCAUUUUAAUAUCAUCACCAUCCCCCAUUUCGAUGCGUGUGUGUGGACGGUGGUGGUGGUGAAGGAAAGUAGUAAAACUGUAAACAUUUCAUUUUAAUAAGGGAAUUCUGUAAUUCUCUUGUAAUUACAAUAUUGAUUAUUUUUAUCAAUGAUAAUGAUGAUAGAAACAUUAUUAGUCAUGGUUACUAAAUUUUGGUAUGCUCCUCUUUUUCUUCAUUUUUUUUAAAAAAAAAUAGAAUCUAUGUAAAGAGUAUAAUGUAGAAUUAUAAUUAUUUAGAGAAAUUAAAAUAACAUUUUGAAUUUAA